GUUUGAACGCACCGCGGUAGUAAACUUCCACAUUCCCGGUUGAUCGUCUUUUCCUUUCUCCUUUAAUAAGCGUCGCUGUUCGGCCAGUUUCUUUUUUUACGGUAUUUUCGACAGGAUAUGGGCUCACGGACAGGUCCAUCUGUCCCCUUAAAACCGAACACUUCAGUUUUCCCAUAAUGGAUUAUAUUUUGUCGUAACUAGCUAACGUUAACGUCCACCUCGGUAACGCCCCCGUGCCGCCUCUCAGCUCCAAAGUACAACCGACGUUAGGUUUACUGGCUCAUGUGAAAGUUCACUCGGGUUAAAGGGUGUUAUUUUACCGGGCGAGCGACUCCUCGAUUUUAGCCUCAGACAGUUUGACUUCCACCGACUUUCACUUUCCGUCACACGGUGAAGUUACGUUAACGGCACCGUAAAGGUGUGUUUUAGGCACCGAAAUGAGUCGAAAAGGCGAAACGACCGUGGAAACCCCCGGUGCCGGCCAACAACCGGAGAGGACGAAAGUCAUUUACAUCGUUUACAUCAUCGCUGCUUUGGACAUAACAUGGAUGUUUUUGCAGUUUUCUGUAACCCCUUAUUUGGCAAAGAAGCUUGGCUUUGACACUUUGUGGUUUGGUUAUUUGCAAACCAUGGUGGGCAUCACUCAGCUGCUGGGGGGUCCUAUGUUUGGAAGGUUUGCAGAUCUCUUCGGGGCACGAGCAGCCUUGUCUCUGGCCUGUUCUGCAACUGUUGUUUUCUUCCUGCUGCUGGCCAUAGCAGACCAUCCUGCCAUGCUGUUCAUCCACAAAAUACCCACGGUCUUCAUGCACGUCCUGCCUGCGUCUCAGAUGGUUGUUGCAGACCUUUCAGAACCUGAAAAACGGGCAGAUGCUUUGUCCAAACUAGGUCUGUGUUUUGGCGUCGGUAUGAUCGCGGGCUCCACGCUGGGCGGACAGCUCAGCAUGCGCUAUGGGGAGACAUUUACUGCAUGUUUUGCGGCUGUGGGGAGUGCCUUCAGUUUACUGCUGGUUUUAAAGUUUAUCCCAAAAACUACUAAAGCUCAAGCUCCAAGAACCAACGCUGAAAGUGAGAACAAAAGCAAGUCAGUAUUCAAUGUGGGAGAGAUCACAAGACUGAUGAAGUUUCCAGGUGUGACUCCGACUUUUGCUGUGAAGAUCGUGGCCGGGUUGCCAUCAGGCAUUUUUCAAGUGAUGUUUUCUAUCAUUGCACUGGAGUUCUUCAAGCUGCAGCCUGAGGAGAAUGGUUAUCUGAUGGCCUAUUUUGGCGUCGUGCAAAUGGUUAUUCAGGGAGGAGUGAUCGGUCGACUCACAGCGAGAUACUCUGAGAGCUCGCUGCUGCUUCUGUCCAUCGGCGUUUCUUCUUUGGUGGGACUGGCUCAGGCUUACAUGCAGAACGUGUUCCACUUGUGCGUCAUCGUCGUCCCCAUGAUGUUUUCCCUCAGUAUGUUUAACGUCAUCACAGACAGCAUGCUCACCAAGAGCGUACCGUCCUCUGACACAGGCACAAUGCUGGGGCUGUGUGCAUCCGUUCAGUCUCUGCUUCGCACUGUUGGUCCGACUGCUGGAGGCUUCCUGUAUGUAAACUAUGGUAUUUCCUCAAUAGGCCUAAUCCAGUUUGUUGUCAACGUUGCAGUGUUUGUUUAUCUGCUGCAGCGUCGGCUCAAGAAGACAGACGCACAAAAGAAAUGAAAACACUUAGUUCUUGAAAAGCUGUUUUUCAUCUCCACACUGUCCAAAACCAAAAACAGGAAGUGGAAAUCAAUAUUUGAUUUUUUAGGAACAAUCUCUUCUACACUUGCACAAACUCAUUCUCAAAACACUGUGAUGCAGCUGUUUACAGUUCUGCAUUAUUCAUGUUUUUCACUCUGUUGUUCAAUCUGUGGUCGAGGCACCAAACCGGACCAAACCACUAGAUGGCAGCAAAUCCCCCAUUUUAGUUCAUUGUUCUCACUCACAUUAGAGAACAUUUUUUUUAUCAGUUUGCUGAUAAUGAGAUUUUAUUAUCUUUAGUCAAAAAAUAUUAAUUAAUAGAACAAUCAAUCAAUCAUUUUUAAAUGAAUAUAGCUAGCUAUAUCAGAACAUUUUUUAAUUUGUAAUGAAAGUUUAU